AUGGCAUCGGUCUCUCUCACGCUCCGGCGCCGUGGAGUGCGGGCUGCAUGUGACCGAUGCUACGAGCUCAAGGAACGGUGCGAGCGUGCGUCGAUAACUUCGACCUGUGUCAGAUGCGACAGGCUGGCUCAGGUUUGCCUGACUGUGCGUCCACAGCGACCAGCCGGUCGAAGACCACGACCACGACAUCGAGAGCACUCGGCCUCUCAAACAGCAUCAAGCCCAUCGAGCACCAACGCUCAGUUUCAACGCCAUGUUGGCGCCUGGCUACGCGAUGUCCCUGACCUGUGCCCGGAGGAGAGGGAAUUGAUCAUGUUUCUCCUGUACCAACCCCAAACCCUGCAGUUCUACGUGGUUAGCCCCAGCUUCGAAGAUGCCGAACGGCGGUCGUUGGAGGCCCCGUUCAAGUUGCCGGCGGCUUGGCCGGUACUCAAAGAUGCCUAUCUUGCCUAUGCGGGCGGUUUGAAAGCAUUUCACGCCGAAAGCUCGAUCAAUGUGGAUGUGGAUGCGAAUCUCUGCCAUGCAUCCUCCGCCAUGAGAACGUUGCGGACGCUGUCAGUUGCCAGUUCAGAGGAUGCCGCGUUAUGUCUUACCCUGGGGAUCGUAUUGGCACUCUCUAUCUAUGGAGCCGUUGGUGUUGGUGUACCCGACAUCUGCCACUACUGCCUCAGUGCUGCCAGUCCUUUUAUUGAGCCCGCCGCGUCCAUCCCCGGAACAGAGCCUCAGCUCAUCUUUUUUGUCUUGUUGGAGACCAUGGACUGCGCGGUCCACCGCCGAAAGCCGACAUUGAGGAUCCCGUCCCCGGCACCCGGACGCGUGGAUCGCCACUUGGGGCUCUGCCUCCCAUUGCUCCCCUACUAUUACGAUCUCUGCGUCAUCAGCCACUCGCUGAUCGAUGCUAGCAACGCCAGUUUCAUAUUCACCUUGCACCAGCAUCUCGAGAGGAUCCAUACUGCCGUGAACGCGUGGCAGCCAUAUCCACCAGACCGUUUCGUCCACGACUUCUCAUCAGCCGAAGUGGUCCACCUCCUGGCUCAAGCUAGGGUAUACCGAUUGGCAGCCCUGCUGAUGGCUCACCGACUGCAACAUAAAUUUGGACAGGAGGACGUUCGGGCGGAUAUCUGGUCGCGCGAGGUGAUUACGGAACUCGAGCUGGCUCGACGGACGACACAACGACCCAUCCGAUUUGUGACGCUCCCAUUCGUUAUUGCUGCGAUCGAGAUUCGAGACCCGGUCGCGCGGACCAAGGCAGUCCAGGACGUGGAUGAGUACGUUGAUCAAUUUAUGCCAGUCGUACAAGAAGCGACCAAGACGUUUUUGUGGCGGAUCUGGCGCGAGCGGGAUGCUAAGGCAAUAUGCUCUUGGUUUGAUUCGGUUUGCAAGCCAGCUUCCACAAUGGAUGCGCUGGCUUCAACCCUGGUCGAGCCAGUCCGAGCAUCUAUGUUCCUAGAUAUGGAGGGACCUAGCGCCCAUCGCGGGGAGAUGAAGCCGGAGGAAAGACCGCUCGCAACCGAGAUGGGGAGCAUCCAAAUUGAAGGCCUCGACCGGUCAUUUGCUGCUCUGUGGAGCGGUGGAAGAGUUGUUGGCAUUGGGUCGGCAGGUAAAGAGGAGGAUAAUUCACCAAGGAGAAAGAGGCCACUCGCUUUGCAAACGCUCGCCGCAGCACUCCUCAACUCCCAGGUCCAAACCCGCUCAUCACCAACCGUGUUGUCGUCGAAUCCAGCUGCACUGCCGAAUGUGUAUAUUGUGACUCCUCAUACCUCUCAAGCCAUCCCGAUGCUUCACGUGCUUCUGGCAAACACCAUGUCCAAUUCUAAAGCCGCGAUUGAACUUCUCAAACCUGUUCGACUGCUGCAGUAUUUUGACCUGGAGGGACUGGCAGAAAGCUUAGCGGAGGUCAGUCAAGAUUUGUAUAGAAGGACUCAGGCGAAUAAUGAGCCGAUUGGCGCAGAGGGCGGCAACCGCACCCGGCUGAAAGAUAUCGUCCUGGUCCAAGGAUUAGGACAGACGGUGUCAGCCACGCAUCGUCGGAGUGGCCUCGUCCAAAGCAAUGCGUUGCUGGGAGAUUUGACGAGAAACAUCACGCAGAUUUCACGGAUAUCAAGACAUAUCCUCGUCCUUGUAGAGGUCACUCUCGAGAUUGGUGCAGCUCACGAAUCCCGGUCGAAUCAAGCGGCACCAAGGUCCAGGAGGGCUCCUGCAGCCGUUAGCUUGGAAUCUGUCUUCGCUGGCUCUGGCGGUGAGUCUUUAAGGCUUUGCUCGGGACACGAAUCACUAUCGAGGACGCUAGAGGCGGCUCUUGAUUGUAUCAUUGUAGAGCAUGACGGCUUCGGCCGAGUCAAUGAAAGCAGGAGAUGUACCGAGUUUGGGGAGCAGGUGAUUGAGGUGGUCAAGGAUCGAGUGGGCGACUUGAUGGGCCUAUGGGAUAUUUGGAAGGGAGGAUGA